AUGUCGGACCGUUACAACAUUCUUAGCCAGUUGGAGCACUUGCAGUCCAAGUACGUCGGCACUGGCCACAGCGACACUUCCAAGUGGGAGUGGCUGACGAAUCAGCACAGGGACACAUUGGCCUCCAUCAUGGGCCAUCCCGACAUGCUGAAUUAUGUAGCUGUUGCAGAGAAUGAGACCAAGGCCAGAGUGCGGUUCAACAUGAUGGAGAAGAUGCUGCAGCCUUGUGGCCCUCCGCCGCAGAAG